CCUACAAGAUGCUGCAUCCGUGAGAAAAUCUGACAAGCUUGAUUCUCUUGAGAUUCUAUCAGCUUACUGGGGUUUGAGUCAUACAUUUUUUUUUACCUAUGAUUGCUGUAAGAAGUUUGAUGGCUCAGCUGGAAGUUUCCAAAGGUGUGUCCUAGCUGCAACAUGACAUCACACUCGGUAUAUCCUAGUGACUUGCCUGCCAGCCAUUGUUCUUCUGUCAUGACAUCAUUGGUCUCAGGUGUUCAAAUAGAAAGAAUCUAGUGCACAACCUUGUUCACAGAAUGCAAAGCAAAAGAAAACAGCCAUCCAGCACAAAUCCCUACCCCAGAACAGGAACAAAUUCACGUAUAUUAUGGCAGCGACCAUUGCGUAUAGGGGAGCUUGUAUCCCCACAAUCACGGCUUUUCAAUGUCAAGUUACAAAUAAUUGAGUCUGAAGAAGUCUUUGCAUUACCUGAAUGUCAUCGGGACUUAACUGUCAGGAGCCUGAAGAGUCGACUUGAGCUUUUUGUUGGGAUCCCAGUGAAUUUCCAGCGAAUCCAGUAUCUGGAUGAAGUGGAUCUCGAUGAUGAUUCUACUCUGAGAAGAAAUGAAAUUGUCCCCGGAGGAACUCUCACUAUGCGAAUCUGGUCAGAAGAUUCUUGGGGAGGUUUGGUGGCUGCAGCUACAAGUGGAAGGAUCAGAAAGUUGCAAUCUUUAGGAGCUACACAGACCUCCUCAUUCAGCACUGCAAACUCAGAUCUAAUGACAGAAGAAGAGAGGAUUGACUGGUUAGCGCAUCGAGCAUUUGUGGCUUUAUUUAUUACUGCCCACAGAGGCCACACGAAGGCAGUGGAAUUUCUGCUCCAAAAUGGUGCUGAUCUUAAACGUAGAACCCCUCUGGGUAGGACAGCUCUCCAUGUUGCUGUCACUUCGGGCCAGAUUGAAUGUAUCAGUCUUCUCCUUGACCAUGGGGCCAAGGUCAGUGAUGAGGAUAAUGAAGGAUACAACACUGUUCAGCUGGCCCGCCUGUGGAAACAGAGAGAGAGUGAAAGGAAGCUCUUCCGGCAUCAGUGGAUGGCACGAACAGGUAGAACUGGCCAACGCCAAAGCAUCAAAUCGAAGACAGAAGUCAAAGCAGAAAUUUAAUUGUACAAUUGGGAUGAUGGUGGGAUUAAGAACACUUUCCAUGUAACCCUUUUCUUCAGAAAUGUAUACUGUACUAUAUUGAAAUAUGUUACUUUAUUUCUCCACAAAGGAGCUACACAGCUGUAAAUGAGAUGGUUGUAUCAGUGAUAUAAAGCUUUAUAAUUCCUUCAUGGUUACUAGUGUCAGGUGCGUGCACCUCGGAUGGAAGGCUGAACAACAG